CCCUUGCAAUUUCUAUUUGGCCAGAGCCAAACCGCCAUUUUACUGCCCUAGGGAAGAAUAAGAGAGAGAGAGAAAGUCAGAGAGAGAGAGAGAAACCCUAGAGAGGGGGCGAGAGAGGGAUGGAGGAAGAGUUGAGAGCGAAGGCCAUGGCCUCCAUGUCCAUCUCUGCAAAACCUAACAGCACUCCCAAAACCAACGACGACGUUGACGAAAAGCUCAAGAAGAGGGAGAAAUCGUCUUCUUCUCAAUCUCUCCAUGCCAGAGAAGAAGGAGAGCUCUCCUCCGGGGAAGACGACGGCGCCGACGAAGAACGAGAAGUAGAAGCAGAAAAGAAUCGGGAAGUGCCUGUUCAGUCAGCCGGUUCUGCCUCUCUACUUACAGCUGAGCCCAAUCAUGUGGCUGCUGCUCAUAGGAAAAAACAUUUUCAAAGUUCAAGUGCCGGGGGAAAACAUCUUCCUGCAAAUGGUCUUGCAAGCCGUGUUGAUUCUCAUCAUCCAACAUCUACUGCACGAAACUACAGCAAGCACUUUGAGAUGAAUCCAAUGGUUUCUAGAUCUAAUAAUCAUCAGGUUCCUGGCUGGCAAUUGCGUUCUGAGGCAGAUCGUAACCUUGUUAUUAGGUUUUCUGAUGACGAUGACUCCGGAAGUGACUCUGAAGAGCAUAAAUCAGAAAGUGCCUCAGAAAGGAGAGGUACUACACCUAGAGUGGAUGCGGAUAAAAUACCAGCAGCUUCAACACAACUGAAAACAAAAAACUUGCAACGGCCUCCAACUACCCAAACAGAAAAGCUGAAGAAAGUCUCCUUGAAUCACUCAGUCAUCUCAUCUAUUGCCAGAAUCCAUGGACCCAAUUUCAGGGGUACUGGAACUUAUUUGUCAAUUGAGCGGGAGUCCCGCAUUCAAAGGAAUGAAUCCCUCAAUAAGGCUUCGACUAGCCGGGAGCCUAGAUGUGUCCAAGGUGCAAAAUCAACAGAUAGUGAGCUGGAAAUCCUGCGGCGGAAAAUUGCUUUACGUGAAAAUGAACUAAAGCUUCAACGCAAAUCUAUGCCUCAACGCAAGGAAAAAGUUUCAGGUUCAUAUGCGGACUAUCAUGGCACGCAUGCAGAAACUGAUGCAGACAAGUUGUGCAGACCAGCUUCUGUUAAUACUGUAGAAUUAGCUAUCGAUGAGCAGGAGAAGAAUUGUUUGAAACUCGUCGAACAUUCUCACACCCCGCCCAACUCGGAUGGCCAACUACAAACUCCAGUACAUGCUAAGGAAUUUACUUCAGAAUUGAAAGAGCAAGUAAUGGAAAAUGUGCGUGCCAAAGACAUUCCUAUGAGCACAACACAUCCAAGAGUCAAUAAACGGCAAGGGAAAUAUGAUGAACGGGUUCCUCUUUCAUCUGGUGAUCUUGUUGAAACUAAGCAGGGAGACUCUCCCAUAUCUUUUGUUGGAACCACAUUAUCUACACCCAAUUUUGGGGUGCCUUCUAAAGAACAUAAUAAUAGUUUAUGUGGUGCCGGCAUAUCUGGAAAUUGCAGUCAGAAAGACAACAGUCAUGGGUUGGUGGAUGCAUCUAGGUUGUUAAACAGAAGCUCAACGUUAGUGCAGUCGGCAUCCAAUGCAGAGGAUGGAGUGCUUGAGAUGCCUCCCGCAAAGAAAUUUUGCUCUGAAAUGUCAAAGCAUCGCAGUAUAGUUCGGGGAACUCAUGCAUCUAGUUUCUCCCCAGACAAAGCAUCAUCUCAGCAUAAUUUAGUGAACAACAGCGAGCACAAUGAAAUCAUAUCUCACAAUGGGAUACAGCCGCACACAGCUUCUAAUAUUUUUGAUGAGUGUUCAAAUCAUGUUCAGGAGACCACACUGGCUACUUUUGAUGCAUCUCUACAGAGUGGAAGCCUCAUGAAUUAUUUGAAUCAGUGGAAUGCUGAGGGGCGGAACAGCAUGGAUGUACAGAAUCUGGCGAAGAUGGAGGAGUUGUUGGACAAGGAGUUAGAGGAAGCACAGGAGCUCAGGCGUAGGUGUGAGCUUGAAGAAAGAUCUGCACUGAAAGCUUAUCGAAGUGCACAGAGGGCUUUGGUCGAUUCUAAUGAGAGAUGUAGUUACCUAUAUCAAAAAAGAGAGUUGUUUUCAGCCCAAUUUCGAGCUCUUGCAAUGGAGAAUUCCGGUUCUCUGUGGUCUUCUAGGUGGCAUGGGGAAACUGGGCUAGAUUCCAUAAAAAAUGUACCAAAAGCUAAUGUUAAUCUGCUACCUCAUUUAAGUUGUCAGCUGCCUGCUGAUCCUGAGGUUAUGGAUCAGGAGAUCCGUGAAUCUAACACGCAACUUAUUGAUGGUGCUCCCCAUAAUAAAUCUUACCAGCGUACAUACAGACACAUUUUAGGGUCUGAGCCUUGUAGCGAACCUGAUGCCAGUACGUCAGAGCAAUUACCUCAUAAGGACAGUAGUGCUAUGGAUGGAUUCUUCUCUCCUUCCAAUCUUCCUGAUGUGUCUGCAGAUGAAGAUGAAGCUGUUGAAUCCAUACUAGCCUGUGCAGAAAAUGUGGAAAAACUUGAAGAAAGGGCAGUGGCCAUGAACGAGGAAUUAGAAGGAAAAUCAUACGUUGAGACUGUUCAGGAUACCGAACUUGUUGAAGCUUCCUUGAGGUCUGAACUGUUUGCACGGUUAGGCAUGAGAACUUUGCCUAAGAACAGUGACAUGGUUUUUAACAGGGAGCAUAAUGUGGACAAAAUAGCUGACAAUGAUGUUGAGAGUAGGGAAACACAUAUGAGCAUGGGGAAGCUAUCUGCAAUUUCUGACCAGCAACCUGUGGUGGAAGAGAAAAACCAAAUGGCUGACAUGGAAGGUACAGAAAUGCCUGGAAGUAAAAGCUGCUGGAUUUCUUCCCGCAAACAUGAUAAAAAUCAUUGCGAUAAGCCCUACUUUGAUAAUGGGUCUAACAGGAGUACCAAUCCCGAGGAAAGCAGCUCCUCACCAGAAGAAUCUUGCAGGCCCACCUGUGCCUCUGUUUUCUCCCUACCUUCUUCAGUUCUGAAGAUUGUAUUUAAACAUAUGAAGGUUAUGCUCCCAGGCAGAUGUAAAGGAUAUCAGACUAAGCAAGAACUCUCUUAUGGUAUUUCACAUGAGGAGGCCAUUGAAGUAAACUGUUUUGAGAGCCAGCUAGUUGUUUUCAGAGCAGAUGCAACAGCAAACCAUAUAAGAGAUGCAAGAAUUGGAAAGCUGGAUUCGGGCACUUCUGAUCUUGCAAUUGAUCCCUUCUGGCCAUUUUGCAUGUUUGAGCUCCGAGGAAAAUGCAACAAUGAUGAAUGUUCAUGGCAGCACGCCAAAGACUACACCCAAAGAAAUUUAAAGCAGCUUAAUGAUUCGUCUAUCUCUGAUGGUCAGGACAGUCCAUUGAUUCUUGGAAAUCUGACUGAUGCGCGGGAGCUUCCUCAUGGUCUCCACCAUUAUAUCGUGCCAGUGCCAACAUAUCGAAUUGGUCCAAAUCUUAUAAAAGCUGAUAAACAGUCUUCUGGAUAUGUGUUGCCUCAUAGCAUUUGUCAAUACUGGCAACGGGAUUUCUGCAGUUCAUUUGUGGUUCCUUUCUCUGUUCUGAGAACCCCACCUCCAGAUGUCCCAUAUUCGCAAGCUGGUGAUAGCUGUGCUGAGGACCAUGGGAGUUGGAACAGGCUAUCUUUGUAUUUUCGAAGUCAAGAUGACACAACGAAACAAGCUGUGCAAGGUUUGGCUGCUUCUGAACAAUCAUUAGAGCUGGCACUUGAUCUUUUUAAUGGGACUGUCAAUGAACAAGAAGGGAAGAAAAAGGCUUUAGCGGUACUAUCGCGAGCUCUUGAGGUUGAUCCUACUUCUGUAGUCCUAUGGAUUGUUUAUCUGCAUAUUUACUACAGGAAAGAGAAGGCUAUUGGGAAGGAUGACAUGUUUUCUCUUGCGAUCCGGCAUAAUGAAGGUUCUUAUGAGCUCUGGCUCAUGUACAUUAAUAGUCGCAUGCAUCUCGGUGAUCGGUUGGAUGCAUAUGAUACUGCGUUGUCGACACUGUGCCGGUUGGCGCACACUCCCAACAAGGAGAGCAAAUAUUCCAGUGCAUGCAUCUUGGACCUGUUCUUGCAGAUGGUUGAUUUCUUGUGCAUGUCUGGGGAUGUGGAAAAGGCAAUCUCAAGAAUCUGUGGAGUUCUUCCUACUGCAAUGGAUUUCGACAGCUCUAGCAUCACAUGGCUCUCAGAUAUCCUCAGAUGCUUGACAAUAUCUGACAAAUGUAUCUUGUGGGUUUGUUGUGUGUACUUGUUGGUCUAUAAGAAACUUCCUGAGACAGUCAUGCAGAGGUUUGAGUCUGAGAAAGAAUUGCCGUUGGGAUUAGAAUGGCCUUCCAUUCAAUUAACAUCUGACAAGAAGGAUCGAGCCAUAGAAUUAAUGAAGAUGGCUGCAGAUGCAAUGAGUUUGAGUAUUGAUGGUGAUUCAGAUGAAAGAGUCCACUUGCAGGGAGAUGCUUUUAGAUCUGUGCACUCACUGGCUGUUAACCACACUAGGUGUGUAGCAGCACUUGAAGGCUUGGACUGCGCUAAGGAUUUGUUGGUCAAAUACUUGAAACAGUAUCCAACCUGCAUAGAACUUGUUCUGACAUUGGCCCGCUGGCACAAAGACAGUUCAGGGGAGGAACGGUAUGAUGGGUUUGAAGAAGCUCUGCGUAACUGGCCAAGAGAAGUCCCUGGUAUUCAGUGUCUCUGGAACCAGUAUGCUGAAUAUGCUCUGGAGAAUGGUAGUGUUAGUUUUGCGGAAGAGCUGAUGUGUCGGUGGUUUGAAUCCAGUUGGAAAGUUCAAGAUGCUGAAAAUGGGAAAUUAGAUCUUGGAGGGAGCAGCUUACGCAGCUCAUCUGAAAUACCUUCCUCUGCAAAUUCAGGUAGCUGCGCCCCUUCUAACCCAAAGGAUGAGUUGUUUGGAUUGCUUAAUCUCUCUCUUCAUAGAUUGUUGCAGAACGAUCAAGCCAGAGCUUGCAUAGCUAUUGAUAAAGCAUUGAAGCUAGCUGGUGCUGAGGAUUUAAGGCAUUUUGUAAGAGAGCAUGCUUCGUUUCUUCUCUCCAAUGGGUCGGACUUGGAUUCUCUGGCCUCUGGAAUACCGAGCCUUCUGCUUAGUUACUUGUCAGAUACUCGGACUUUUCCCAUCUCUGAGCCUCUUUCUAGAAAGUUUGGCACAAGCAUCAAGAAGCCUAGGAUAAGGAAGCUGAUCAAUGCCAUGUUGGGUCCAGUUUCAUUGGAUUGUUCUCUAAUGAAUUCAAUUCUUAGAGAAUGGUAUGGCCCACCACUUCUGCCUGAAAAUUUUGAAAAGCUUAAGGAUCUGGUCGAUCUUGUCGAGGCUCUAAUGGAAAUUCUCCCAGCUAACUAUCAAUUAGCUAUGUCGGCAUGUAAGUUGGUGACUCGAAAUCCCAAUAUCGUUGGCAUUGUCUCUGCUAGUGCCAUGUUCUGGGCAAGCUCUCUAUUGGUAAAUUCCAUCUUUCAGGCUUUUCCGGUAGUGCCAGAGCAGUCAUGGAUAGAAGCAGCCAAUGUUUUGGGUAAUAUAGAAAUGAAGAACAUAUCCGAGAGGUUUCACCAGCAGGCUGUGUCAGUGUAUCCGUUCUCUGUUAAGCUGUGGAAAUCCUAUUUCAACUUGUCGAAGAAAAACGGGAAUGGGGAUGCUGUUGCAGAUGCAGCAAGAGAAAGGGGUAUCAAACUGAACUGAUCUUAAAAAAAUGCAAAAAAAGGAAAAAGAAAAUAGAAUUACUUUGACAGGUUUCAAUGAUGCGAUCCUAGGGUUUUUGGUAUGAGCAUGUUAAAGCAUAAUUGCAGAAACCAGGUAUGGUGCCUGGUGCAAGCCCUUUCUUUUGCAUCCACUGGAAGUGCAGCUUCCAUUGUAAAGGCAGCAAUGGAGAUAGUUACCAGACUGACUUGAAUCUCUUUUUUGAUAGAAGAUCACAUGAUUAUUGUUUGAAUACAGGGUUCUCUUAGACGCUGACCGUCGCUGCAAGAAACUAGUGUUGUCAAAAUGUAGAUACAGACAUAUACAGAUAGAAGAUAUACAGGGCAUAAUUCAAUAAGCUCACUUUUCUCACAACCAAGAGUGCACCCGCGAUCUGUUGUUUGUGAUUUAGGGGAUUCACGACAGGAGAUUUUUUGCCUGUAAAUUAGAUCUACAGUUCAUGAUUUGAUGCAAAAGCUUUCAACUGUUCUUGCUGUAAUUACUGAUGGAAAUCUGCUUACAGUAGGAUAGUUUUGAUUUCAAGGUUUACAUCUUGUCCAGUUCAUACAAUCUUUUGUAGAUUUUUAAUUUUUUCAUCCACCUUACUGAAAUAUGGUGAGAUUCUUAAUGAAUUGCUGUUUUCAUUUUCCAAAAAAAAGAAAAAAAAAAAAAGAAAGAAAAAGAAAAG